UUUGUGUAAUCCAGUCACACUCAAGUCUCAACAGUCAACGACCAAAUUGAAAAUUGAAACUAUAGUUCAUGUCAAAGUUUUAUGUGGUAAUGAUGUGAUUUAUUUCAUCCUUUCAUUAUAUUCCACGAUAAUAAAAGAGAUAAUUAAUGGACGUGUAAUAAUUUUAUUACUAAAGUUGUUUAAGUGAUAGUCAAAAUAGCCCAGUUUUUAAUAGCAAAGAUAUAAAAACUAAUAAUCUUAUAAGAAAAAUAUUAAGAGGAAAAGAUGUCUGUAGGUUGGGCUAACUUGCCUAUCCUUCCACUGAGGUGUAUCCUUGAACACCUGAGUGCAAACGAUGCACUUGCAGCCACAUCAACUUGCCAACACUGGCGCAGUGCCAUACACUUAUAUGAAGGACACAAAGAAGUAACUAAAUUAAGUGUCAAGAACAUAGAGAAGAGCAUGUUCCUGACUCGUAUGUUUAAAAAGUACACUAAACACUUGCACAUUUACAUUGACACAACUGUUGUAGAAGAAUUGGUGUCCUUUAUGAACUAUAUUUUGCCAUUAUACUUCGAAACAAUAAAUCUAACCGAAGUGGCAUUUCUCGGUCCAAGUUACAUUCUUAAGAAUCCAAAUGUGCCAAUACCACAACUGCAAAGAAUAAUAGUGGAGACCCUCGUCUUCAAGAACCUACAUAGUCUACAGAGACUUAUUUUAACAGGCUGUGAGAUGGGAACACCUAAAAAUGAAAACGAUAGAUACGUACACAAGAAUGUUGAGUAUUAUUCGCGGCCGCUGACGUUCAGCACUAAGCGUUGCCUGGAUGACACCAUACUAACUAGAAGCAACGUGGGAUUGAUGAUGUUCUCUAAGCUAAAGUCCAUCGUGAUAGACUACGAGUACUUAAACUCAGCUGCCGUAAACACACUGAGUCGUCUACCGGAAUUGUCGCUGCUCACUUUGAACAUCGGACACAAGCGCCCUCUAACUUUGCCGAGAUUCGAAUGGCCGCCCGAGACAUUGAACGUCGCUAUUAACGUUAUUGCGGUACCAUUGCACCGCUUCAACGAUAUUAUAGAACAUGUAUUUGUUCGUGGGCUCCUCCUGGUUUCACUGAAAGUCAUGUUCUGUAAAACUUUCCAUGUGCCACUGUUAUCGCACCUGUCUCGUUUGUAUAAGUCCACGCUGCAAGAGUUUGUGUGGGUGGACGCCCCCUGCAUGUCUACCACGCCAUUUUACAGGGUCGUCAAGCCUGAACCGUACGAUGUUUGCGUGAAUCACAUUCUACUGAUGUGCUGGCAGUGCGUACAAUUACGUAGACUCGUUAUUCAUGGCUACUGGCUCUGGCAAUACGACGUGCUGGGUAUUGUGCGCCUGCGCAGGUCGUUGGAACACCUUGAAUUAUCAGCUGUGUACGGGCAGCAGAACCACUUCGGUACGGCUGAUAAUCGCAUACUAAGAGUUUUAGCAAAUGACGACUUGGAUAUCUUGGAAGCUCAAUAUAUUGUGAAAAUCAAUGAGCAUACACAAUUCAAAUGGGCGCCAACAACAUACGAGGCUUUGCCGCCAGCACUCAAGCUCAAUGCUACUUCCAAAGAUCGGGCUGAUUACUACAUGCGUGAAGCCUCCAUAUAAAUAGACACACACCAACCUUAAGAUCAAAUAAAAACUACAAUAUAUAUAUUUUAAAACAAAUCUAAAUGUUAAAUUUUAAGUGUUGACGUCUCGCGCCAAAACUAAGAGACAGCGAUAUUAAAAUACCAUAUACGUCAAAAGUAUAUUUAAUUGAUUCGAUGAAAUCAGAAGUAUUAGCUAACUUCUGCAACUUGAAUGUACACUAUUAAGUGUUUAUAAAAUUAUGUAAUUUAAAAUUAUUUGCUAUAUAUUUUUGUUAUAAAAACGGUAAUUUUGUGAAAUAAGAACAAGUAUACAAAAGCUUGAGUUUCCGUGUACCAAAUGCUAAAAGGACGUCGAGUUUUACGAUCUGUCAAACUAUUUUUCUAUCAAGGUUUGACAUUUGACAGUGCUUGUCAGAUUGUGACUUGUAAAUAACGCCGGUGUUUUAAAGCUUAUGUUUUUUUAAAAGUAUAAUCGUUGAUAUGCCUAUAUAUCGUAAUAUGUUGAAUUGGUGUAAACUGUAGGUAGCUAUUUAACGUGCGUAUAACGAAAAUCCUGUAGAACAACUUUUAUAUUGUUUUACUACAAUAUUUAAAAAAAAAAUACAUAUGAUCCUUAAGCUAUUGCAAUAGCAUAUGUACACGCAUAGUAGAAUGAGUUAAUAAACAUAAACAUAGCAAAUAUACUUUGUAUUGGGAAAUUUGUAAAACUAGUUAUUUUAGGGGUUUUGUUGUACGUACACCUUUAAAUUUGAAUUUAAAAAGCGUUUUAGUAUAUUAGAAGGGUGUCGGUUAGAUUUAAAUUUAAAAAAAAACUAAAAAUUUCGUGAAAAAUGUAUAGUCAACGGAGUAUUAGGUUACCAAUAUGUUUUAAAACCAAUACUUGAUAGGCCUAAACUCAAAACAUUAUUUCUAAAAAGUUCCUGAUUUGAAAUAAAACAUUUUCAACAUUAAUUAAAGCACUUAGUGUUCCUACAUUCGUUUGUACCAAUAACGGAUUGAUUUCAAUGUAAGCUUUCGAUAAAUUGUUCGUUAUUGAUAGGAUUUAAAAAGUAACGAGCCAUUAGAUGCAAUUUAUAUAUGCCUGUAUAAUAGCUUAGAAGAUCCUUUAUAUAUCACAAAGGUUUUGCACUUUAGGCAAAUUUGCAAUUUCAUGUCAAUUGUCAAACCGGUUUAUAAUCUGUAUUCACAAAGUGGCGCCAUUUUUAAUUUAUAUUUGUACAACAGAUAGAUAAAUACGCUAGUAUAUCCUGUACAUAUUGUGGUUUUGGAUUUUAUUACGUUUUUAAAUAAUAACUAAUAAAUUCAUUGACGCAAAACACGCUUCAUUUUGUGAAUACAGAUACAAAUAUUUCUUUAGUGUUCUAUAAUAUGUAUAGGAAAUAUUGAGAAACGCCGAAUGAUAUGUUUACUGGCAACAUCUCACAUCACGAAUUUAUCGCGUAGACGAGUCAAUAUCUUAGAGAAUGUUAAUGAUUGCUUCGCGCGUCAAUGAUAUCGCAUAAAUGUUAUCCAUAUGUUAAGAUCAGUAUGCGAUUUAGACAUUUUGUAUUACAAAAAGCUUCUUAAAAAUCUGUUAUCUCAAUUUAGUUAUGAGAAAAGUUACGUUUUUAAAAUAGAGAAUUGAAACAGCGUGUAUCAGUAACCGCACCAGUAUUACAUAUUUUGAUACAGAACGAAAAGGUAAAUAUUUUCACCAAACUUAAUAAAACGAAAUAUUAUUUGAAAUAUUAAUGGACGUUUUUCUCUAAUAUACCUAACUUUUGCGAAAUAUUUAUAUUUUUAUCAUUUAACUUUGAAGUAUUUUGAAGGAUAUUUGUAAUACAAAUGUUGUUGGACGACAAACGUAAUUCAUUUAAAUCUGUAAAUAAUAAAGCCGUCUAUUUGUAAAUAUCAACAUUGGCGUUGCGAAGUACGACAAAACAUCUAGUCAAAUUGUAGGGCUUUGUAAAUACAAGGCUAAACUUUAACGACACUUGGAGGUAUCUCUUCAAACGUAUCUUUAAAUUAAACUUAAGUUUCUCUAUGCAAUCUAUAAAAUUCUAACGUAAUUAGCAAAAUUUAAAUUAAAAAAAAAUCAAAGUUUUUAAAGCGAAUUCAUCUUAUUUUUAUCUCUCUUUUCUCCUCGUGUCGUGAAAAGGAUAGCCAAUCGACGCGUGCGCCCGCGGUAACGAAGCACAAACUAACCAAGUAUUACGGAUACAUAUUAUAAUCUAAUAUCAAUCAACACUAUAGUUUUAAGAAAUCAUGACUGUAUCAAAUACGGUUAUCUGCCACUAAAGAACGUAUAGAAUAACGAUAAAACGUUGGGAUAAGAUUGCGUGAAGAAGAAUUUCGUUAGUUUUCGAAAACCAAUUAAAAGCCAAAAUAAAAACAAUUUUGUACUGAAACCCAAGUGUUAAAGUUUAAAUGAAACC